GAAAUGGAGGGAGCACUAAUCUUGCAUUACAUUUCUUGCUAGGCUACUACUGUUCUCUCCUCUCUGUGAUUCUUGAUUGCCUCACAAACAACGCAAAUGGAGUACAAGAAUCUUGGUCGAUCUGGCCUAAAAGUAUCACAACUUUCAUACGGUUCAUGGGUAACAUUUGGUAACCGAAUAGAUGUAAAAGAAGCAAAAUCACUCAUACAAUACUGUCGUUAUUAUGGUGUCAACUUUUUCGACAAUGCAGAGGUUUAUGCUAAUGGUAGAGCUGAAGAAAUCAUGGGACAAGUUAUAUCUGAACUUGGUUGGAAACGUUCAGACAUAGUUGUUUCUACAAAGAUUUUCUGGGGUGGUUAUGGUCCUAAUGAUAAAGGUCUAUCAAGAAAACAUAUUAUUGAAGGUACAAAAGGUUCUUUAAAAAGACUUGAAAUGGAUUAUGUGGAUUUGAUAUAUUGUCAUAGGCCUGAUGUUUGUACACCUAUUGAAGAGACUGUGAGAGCUAUGAAUUAUGUUAUUGAUAAUGGAUGGGCUUUUUAUUGGGGUACUAGUGAAUGGUCUGCUCAACAGAUUAGUGAAGCUUGGUCUGUUGCUCAAAGAUUGGAUCUUGUUGGACCUAUUGUUGAACAGCCUGAAUACAAUUUGUUUUCCAGGCACAAGGUUGAAUCUGAAUAUAUCCCUCUGUACAGUAAAUAUGGCCUUGGUCUCACCACAUGGAGCCCUCUUGCUUCAGGAGUCCUCACUGGAAAAUAUACUGCUAAGAACAUUCCACCUGAUAGUCGUUUUGCACUGGAAAAUUACAAGAGUCUUGCAAGCAGAUUAUUGGUGGAUGAUGUUUUGAGGAAAGUGAAUGGAUUGAAACCAAUUGCAGAGGAACUAGGUGUUCCUCUAUCUCAACUUGCAAUCGCCUGGUGUGCGUCAAAUCCUAAUGUCUCAUCUGUUAUUACUGGUGCCACUAAAGAGUCUCAGAUUCUAGAUAACAUGAAAGCUAUCGAUGUUAUUCCAUUGCUAACACCCGAUGUGAUGGCGAAGAUUGAGGCUGUUGUUCAAACCAAACCGAAGCAUAAUCCAGAUUCAUAUAGGUAGACAUGAUGUGAAAAUCAGGCCCUUGGUCUCGUGAUGAACUUUUCCUCUCCGUGUAUUUGCAACCUCUGGCUAUGACAAAUAUUAUGAGGCCAAGAUUUUUUAGCUUUUGCAUCAAGAUGUGACAUUGGCUUUCAACUGAACGUUGUCUUGGGCCAACACAUUAAUAGUCUUUUGUUGAAUAUUUCUUUUUUGUGUGUAUGUGGUUAA